UGUGUGUUUGCCUGUCUAUUACUUAAAAUACAACUACAAAAGCACCUAAAAAUCUUUAAAUCAAUCAAAAAUGAGAUACAUAUAAAUUAGGUAUUUAAUUUAUGCAAAUGAAAAGUGCGCAAAAGGCGAAAGAAAACCGACAAAACAAACGACAAACAAAUUCGAAAUUAAUUUGCAUUGAAUAACAAAGGAACCGUUUCGGUUUCAAUUUCACUUCCAGCCAAGGAUAAAGCCCAACCCCUAGACAAAAAAAAAAAAAAACAAUAAACCGAGUAAAAAAAAAGCCGACACAAAAGAGAAGCCAAAUGAGGGAAAAUGAAGUGCCAAAGUGUUGAAAAUAAAGCGAAAGCCAAGAGACGAAAUUGAAAUCGAGUAUAAAAGGUUUUUCCGUUCAGUUUUAAUCGGUAUCGCGCGUUCACUUCCGUUCCGUUUCGUUACAUUUUGUUUGGCUACGUUUUACACAGUCGACUUAGUCCAGCCGUUUCCGUUCCGUUCCGUUUCGUUCCGUUUCCGCUCGGCAAACAUUUAAAUGGCUACCAGCUGCUGCUUAUGAUGGAGACAUUCCUCGUCCUGGGCCUGUGUUUCAUCCUGUACGAGGCAUUGGAUUUCUUUCAGGGCUGCAUCCACAGUAAUACCCCAUCGCCCAGCGAUCAAAUCGAAGCCUAUCGCCGCGAACUCGACGAACAGCGCCAGCAGCAGCAGCAGGAACAAUUCCUGGCGGGAUUGACGCCGUUGCUAGGCGCUCAAUUUGCCGCUGCCGCCGCAGCCGCGGCCGCUGCCGCCGGUUCGCAGUCGACGUUGGGCAGCGCGACUACGCCCACCGCCUCUACGGCCAGCGUAAUAAGUGACUCAUACGAUCAGGAAUCGCAGUCGCAAUCGCAGUCACAUUCCCAGUCGCAAUCCAACCAAAAUCAACAGCAUUCGCUGAGCACUCCCGGCCUGUUUCGUCCCGCCGCCUUGGGCUACUACGAUCCAGAGGAUCCGUUGCAUGCCACAAACUCCCUACCACGCGACUAUUACUAUCUGCAGCAGCAGCAGCUGAAGAAUAAGGUCAGCUCAAGAUCGCUACUCUCGAAGUUCUCAUCGACCAACUCGGAUAAUCGCAUACAUCCGGAGGCUGGCGCCGGUUCGGGGCAUCAUCACAGUGUCCUGGGAGCAGCGGCUGUUAUAACAAGUCAACCCCUACCAGCUGGCGGUGAGAUACCAUCUAGCCUCUUCGAUCAGCCGGGACAAGCGGCUGUGGUGGUGCCACCAGUGCAACUGCAACCCUCAUCACCACUAUUUGUGGAGCUCAAGAGGGCCAUUAUCAGUCAGAAUCAGAGAACCCAACCGAUAAAGUAUCAGCCAAGAGAAUCAAUCGAAGAGCCACAGUGCCCUCAGUGUGAGGAAGAGCAGAUACAGUAUCUGGCAGAGACUUUGGACGAUCUUGCUGAAUCCGAAGAGCAGCAGUAUUCUCCAGCUGAGGUAGACGACGACGACGACGAGGAGGAGGAGCAGAACGGCGAGCAGGAGGAUCGUGAGGAGCAGCACUCUUACGUGGGAGGAGCAACCAGUGAACCGGAUAUUUGUGCCGCCACACGACAACAGCUAACUAGGAUUCAUCAUAUCGCCAUCGACGACAUCGCCACUGGACAGGAGCAUCAUCAUCACCACCAUCUUAGCAUUUCGGGACAGGCGACAACGUUGGGCGCCAAUUCUCACGCAGACUUCAGGGAAAUCGAGUGCGAGCGACUGCGACGCAAGUGCGUUAGCGUUAAGCGCAUCUAUAGCAUAUCGGAAAAGUUCUAAUUCAGAUUCAAAUCAGAUCACUACUCAAAACUCAAUUCGAUAUCUCAGCUCUCAUACCUGUACAGCCCUUCACCAUAUUGCACUUCAAUCGAUCAAUAUAUAUAUGUAUACC